UCUAUCUCUACAUAUAUUUCCAUUUGUUGUUUAAGUUCCUUAGACUGUUUUAGACCUGUUUUCUGCCAGUUCCUCCCUUUCAUUCACAUCUUCCUCGUCCACUCUGUCCCACAAUGCACUGCGUUCACUCGUUGGAUCAUGGACCAAAGCGACAAUGAUCUUCAAGGAAGUGAUGGCUCUGGGAAUUUGGGUGGCCCAGAUGUCCGAAGACGAAUCCCCAUCAAGCUCAUCUCCAAACAACCUUUAAGGAGCAAGCCUCAACCACGUACCCAGAGACCCAUUGGCAGGCCAUGCAAAAAUGACCUAGGAGAAGAUGAUAACUUUGGCUUCAAGCAAGAGGACAGGUUUGAUUGUGGCUCUAAAUCUGGUGAUGUGUUUGGAAGUCAGAGGAGAUUUCCCCAACAAAUGUUCUGGGACUACAAGUUGCAUUUGAUUGGAGAAAGAGACGAAGUACCAAUUCACUUCUGUGACAAAUGCGGUCUCCCUAUUCAGUUAUAUGGACGGAUGAUCCCCUGCAAACACGUUUUCUGCUACGACUGUGCUUUGCUUCAUGAGAAGAAAGGAGACAAAAUGUGUCCUGGCCUCACCCUCUACAACUGCACAGAUCCAGUGCAGCGCAUCGAGCAGUGCCAGCGCGGUUCUCUCUACAUGUGCAGUGUAGUGCCAGGAUGCAAGCGCACCUACCUGUCCCAGCGUGACCUGCAGGCCCAUGUCAACCACCGCCACCUGAGGGCCGCCAAGUCCUCCGCUGGCCGCCAGGAGCCCGUGCACCUGCCCCCUUCAUCUGAGGACCGUUUCCGUGUGCCUCCACCUCACUUACCCAAGAACCACGUUCACCUUCCCAACCCGCUCCAGCACGGCAGUCACGACCCUUACAGUCAGCCGCCACCACCCAGUGCCCAUGAAGGCCCACCCCCGACGUCUGGUCUUGGUCCUGAAACAUUCCGCAUUUCCACAGUAACAACCCGCAAACACAGCAAUCUCAUCACCGUGCCCAUCCAAGACGACUCUUCCUCCCGUGAGCCCCACCCAAGUGGGCCAGUCCCCGGUCAGCCGCCCCACCACCACCCUUCAGACUAUCCCGGCCAGCCACCCGUCGUCUCCCACUCUCACCACAUGAUGGCGCCACCGCAGCAGCACUUUGGUCCCCCUCCUCCUCCCCCUCCCCCUAUUAACCACCCAAUGCAGCAUCCUCCCCAAGCCUCUGGGACACCACACAUGGUGUACAACCAGGCUCCCCCUCCUCCCAUGUCAACAGCUCCCCCUCCAAUCACACCACCACCCGGGCACAUUAUGAGCCAGAUGCCCCCUUACAUGAACCACCCGCCCCCUGGACCUCCACCACAACACAGCGGCCCUCCUGUAAACGCCCCCCCACCCCAUCAUUACAACCCCAACUCAAUGCAGCAGUUCCCUGAAGACCAGGGCACGCUCAGUCCCCCGUUCAGCCAACCAGGAGGCCUCAGUCCUGGGAUGUGGCCAGCUCCCAGAGGCCCCCCACCUCCACGAAUGCAAGGUCCUCCCCAGGGCCAGAUGCCUGGACAACACCACCCAGAUCAAAGCCGUUACCGGCCUUACUAUCAGUAAACUGCCAACUCAACUGUUAGUUUCAUUCUGUUUCACACCACUUGUCUGUAUAAUGUGAUAGUAAACCUCAGGGUAACAGGAUAUAGAUCUUUCUUUUUGAUAAAAAAACUGCCCAGAAGCAAAUGUGUAGGUGGUGCACAUUUUAGUUACAGCUGUUCUGAACUUAACUACAGACACGAAGAGCAAUCGUGCCCCUCCCCCUUUUAAAAGCUUGUAUUUCUAUACAUGUCAGCCGAAUCCAUGCAUAUGUACAAUGAAAGAUAAUGGUAAAUAUAGCUCAAUAAAUUUUUAACAGCA